CAAUGUGCAGCGGCGAGAUGGCAGCACCAAGAAAAGAUUCCGAGUCGAGGAAGAUAUAUGGUGGUUUUCCCGUAUCCGAGCUUGUCAGUCGCCAUAGAACUCGUAGGAAUUCGCUCGUGGAGGUGCUCGAUGAGAUUCGGGUAUUUCGGCAUCCCCGUCGCUCCAGACAAUGCCUGUCUCGCGUGACAGACGACGGAUGGCUCAGAGCGACGUUGCCAGACCGAUUUCUGCUUCCACCGCCUGAUCGUAGGACCAUGAGAGAGUAGGAUCUUUCGAGCCGAGCCAUCAUUCGUCGUUAAGAUGAGUGUCGGUUCCACAGGCGCUGCGGAUUUGUUUUCCUACCUGGAAUCGAAUAAGCUUGGGGAGGUCGAGGAGAUCAAGAAAGUACUUCACGACCAUUUCUUAAGUACAAAGGACAAUUGGCUGGUAAAUGGAUUGUUUGAUUAUUAUCUUUCUACGAACUCUUUGAGGACAGCGGAAGUAUUAGCGGGGGUACGAGAGCCACACGAUAAACACCUAUUAGAUCGUUUGUCAGAUAUUCUUUCAAAACCUGGCAAUAGUACGCAAAGAGUACAGGCACUCACAUUGCUUGGUCAUAUAGCCAGACGCCAGCCUACUUGGUUGUACAAGCUAGCCAAUCAUGCUUUAUUCAAAGAUCUACUCAAAUUACUUAAGGUGGAAGCAGAUAUAUUACCACUUAUGAGUGCCCUUCUUUUGUUAGUAAUAUUGUUACCAAUGUUACCAGCUGCUCUAGGGCCCUACCUAGCAGAAAUAUUUGAGGUAUUCGGCCGCUUGGCCACUUAUUAUCAUCAUCAUCAAUCAUCUUUACUUUCUUCUUCUACUCCUUUUAAUUCGACCACAGCACCAAAUGUCAUCGACAAGGACCAUUUGUAUCUCAUACAUUUGCAGGUAGGAUUGUACCGCUUGUUUCAUAGACUGUAUGCGAUGUAUCCUUGCAAUUUUAUAUCGUAUCUGAAGCAGCAGUAUGUUCAACGUGAUCAAUUGGCUACAUUUACUCAUACUAUUAGACCCAUGUUGGAUUCUGUGCGUAUGCACCCUUCUCUUGUCACAGCAUCGAAAGAUGCGGAAAUUUCAGCCACUAGAUGGAAAAAGAUGGAACAUCACGAUAUCGUGAUAGAAUGUGACCGUUUUACAUUAGACAAGUGUCGCGAAGAAAUUUUAGGAGCUGUUAACUCUCGGUGCACUCCACCUAUAGAUCAAUCUUCCAUCACUUGUGCGCCAAUAAACAUUUGUGGGGGAGUAACGACUAUGGAAAUUAGUAAUGGGGAAGAUGAUACAUUCUGGUCACCAAGUAUGACGGUGUCACCGCACAGUCCACCGCAAAAUGCAUCUCACGAACCACGCUCUGCCCCGCCGACGCCUAAUAACAAUAGAAGCGGUACUUCCCCGCCCGAAGCUGCUAUCGAAGCUACCCCCGAAACGACUCCUGUUAAGGAUCUACGAAAAUUAUCAACGAGACAAGCGCCUAUAGGGUCUAGUGCGGUGCGUGCUUUAAACGCGCUGGGCAACGGCACAUCUUCUCGGCCAUCGACGCCGACGCCUAUAAAUUCCUCCUCUGUUUCCGGAAUAAAAGGCGUAGAUACUGCAGCGAAUACGCAUGGAUUUCUGUCGAAUAGACUAAGUAAAAUUAUGGCGGACAGACAAAAUGUUCUUCAGUCGCAAAAAUCAUCGAAUAAUAACGAAGAAAAUGGAAGACUCUUAGAAAUGGCUAUAAGUCAAAACGGGAAGAACGAUUCUUGGCAGGAGGAUCAAGAGGUAUUGGAGAUUGUCAGUUCGCACGGAAAUGGAGCAAUCGAAAUGCCAAAGUAUGUCGAAGCACAAUCUGAAGCACGAAACGAGAGGAACACCUAUGGCACUCUGUCUGAUUUGUCGCAAAAGAUUUAUAAACUUCGACUGUACUCUCAAUGCCAUUUCCAAAUAGAAGACUCCAAUUCAAACGUAACGCACAAAAUUCGCCACUCCAGAUCUUGUCCGGAUAUGGAUACGCAGAAAAAAUAUAACGAAGACGUGACGGAUCAAGCAUCAAUAGGAGCAAAAGAUGCUGGCAGUCAAACAUGUGAUUUAUUUCCAUAUGAACAUCUGUUGCUAAGAACAUUAGAUCAGAACAGCCAAAACUUUAGUCAAGAAAGUUCUGAUUCAAGAAUGUCGCCAAUCAACUUACUCGAUCGGUAUAUCGAGGCAUGCGCAAGAACGAAUAGCUUCUCUAGUAAAACGAGACCAAACACUAUCAGGCAGAAACAAAAGAAGAAAGGAGAGGAGGAUGCUGAAGAAGACGGAGGAGAGGAUGAUAAUAUAGAUCCAACUUGCGCUAAUCAGUCACUUCAACUCAUGCAAAUGCAAUUGCAAUUCGAGCGGCAACGACGGGAGGUUCAUGCUGAACGUAAUCGACGUCUGCUUGGUAAAUUGAGAGACUCGCGAGCUUCGGAAGAGCAUAAUCUUGCUUUGACUGAGCGUUUAAAAAUAAUCGAAAGAGAAGUAGAAGAAUUGAAAGCGCAAUUAGAGCAUAAUAAAAGGGAAGCGUAUCAAACUGAAGAACAAUACAAAGAAGCUAUGCAUCAUUGGCAAACUAAAUGCGUGGAAGAGCAACAGCAAAGUCGUACGUUCAAAGAGCGUUUGGUGAAUUUAGAAUUGGAUUUAAAAAAUGAACAAAUAAAAGCGGCUGGAGCGCAGCAACAACUUCGUUCAGUCGAAGCGGAACUUUUCAACGCAGGGCAACAGCUCAAGGCGGCAUUAAAAGUUGCGGAUCGUGGCAAAGAACUGGAAUCCAUUGUGGAAACUAUGCAGAAAAGAUUUGUGCUUUUAGGAGAGGCGCAAUUAAGAUUAGCAGAAAACACAAGUACCUUCUCACCAACAACCAAACAAGAAACGGUGCUGAUUCAGAAAUCAUGUACAGAAGAGUUAAACAAUAUUCGGCGACAGUUGGAAUCACGAUCGUCACAUUUGGAAGCUCUAAAAGCACGCUUGAGCGAGUUAGAAAAUAAGGAAGCGCGUAAAGAGACACAACUGGUGAAUCUGCAACGCUUUCUGCAAGAGACAAAGGAGCAGCACGCAUCCGAAUUGGAGGCUGUUGAAUCCAAGUAUCGGGCGCAAGUGGAGAUCAAUCUUCUCUUGGAAGGCCGCAUACUUGAGCUUCAUGGUAAACUAGAGACUGCAACGUACUCCAACACUUCGCCCAUGGGUAAUCCCGCUUCCUCGGCAUCGCCUAAAGAACGAUCUCCUCCUCUCUCAACCAGCUUAGCUUCGUCCAGCGAGGGUAGCCUCGCAUUUAUCCAUCCGGGCGCCGGGAUCAUCGUGAAUGAUUGUUGCGAUACCGCGACGGGUGAGAUUCCCAAUCUGCAAGCUAUGAUAGAACCUGUACCGAGUAGCAGCCAAACCGCCUCACCGUUACGCUCCGUCACUCAACGAUCAUCGAUGCCGAAACAAGAUUAACGUCACGGAAAAUGUUUACUGCAAUGUGAGUCUCCCGUAUACUGCCGACAGACGAUAUACGGGAUUAUUAUCGAAGAUUAUACAUGCGAAUGCUCUGCGAUCAUUACUUAGUGUCGCAGUACGAAUGGAAAGAAAGUUAUUUGUAGCUUUUUAUUGAUAGAUUAGACGAGAUUCGUAAAGAAGUUGGAAGCUAAUCGACUGAUUGCGAUCGAACAGGCAUGCUACGUUUGUUAGUGUUGGUAUAUCUCCGUUCUUGGAAACAAUGGAUUCACAGUGAAUAAAUGGUUGAGAUAUUUUGCUGACCAA